GUCUCUGUCUCUGAGCUGUCACACACACCCCUGUCCCGGGCCCAGAGAAAGGGAGGGACAAAGGCUAUGAGAGAGAGUCACGAACAAAGAGGAGGAGAGAGACGCAGAGACACUGGCAAGAGCGGACGGAGAUGCCCAGAGGGGCUGGACGGGAAACAGACAGACAGAGAGAGGGGAGCAGGCAGGGAGCAGAGCGUGGGGACACCCCCAGAGUUGGUGGAGAAAGAGUGGGGACAGUGUGCGGACAGAGGAGGGGGCCGGCGACCCACAGAGACGGGACAGGGAGGGGGAGUCCCACCCCAGAGACCCAAGGGCAAGACAGAGACAGGGAGGGUGGAGAGAGACGGGGAGAGAAGGAGACAAAGACACACACAGAGAGAGGAGAGACGGAGGGAGCAAGAGAGAGACUGAGAGAAAAGUGUUCAUGUAGGAGGAAGGAGAGACUGGGGUUGGCUAAAGAGAGGGGAAGAGAGGGUGGGGGAGUCAGGGCGGUCCCCUGGGAAGCACAGCGAGGAAUACACCCAGAGGGUGGCAGGAGGGCACAGAGAGGCAGACACACUCCUCCAGAUAGACAGACUCGGACAGACAAAGGGUGACUGAGGCUGACCUUGCAGACAAGCUUCCAGCCCUUGGCUCUGCGCAGCGAGAACCUGUGGGGUGCAGGGGGCUGGUCGCUCUCUGGGGAGCCCUGACAGGGGGAGUCCUGCCCAAGGGCCACCCCACGUCAGGAAGCCCUGAGAUGGAGCGCAGGGCCUCCGAGACCCCUGAGGAUGGGGACCCAGAGGAGGACACAGCCACAGCCCUCCAACGGCUGGUGGAGCUGACGGCCAGCAGGGUGACCCCCGUGAGGAGCCUUCGGGACCAGUACCACCUCAUCCGGAAGCUGGGCUCCGGCUCCUACGGCCGCGUGCUCCUCGCCCAGCCUCACCAGGGGGGUCCGGCUGUGGCUCUGAAGCUACUGCGUCGGGAUUUGGUCCCGAGAAGCACCUUCCUGAGGGAGUUCUGUGUGGGCCGCUGCGUCUCUGCGCACCCAGGCCUGCUGCAGACCCUGGCAGGACCCCUACAGACCCCCCGCUAUUUUGCCUUCACCCAGGAGUACGCGCCCUGUGGGGACCUCAGCGGGAUGCUGCAGGAAAGGGGCCUUCCCGAGCUGCUGGUGAAACGGGUGGUGGCCCAGCUGGCAGGAGCUCUGGAUUUCCUCCACAGCCGGGGGCUGGUCCAUGCAGAUGUCAAGCCGGACAACGUGCUGGUCUUCGACCCGGUCUGCAGCCGUGUGGCCCUGGGAGACCUGGGUCUGACCCGGCCGGAGGGCAGCCCGACCCCUGCCCCACCAGGGCCUCUGCCCACGGCACCACCUGAGCUCUGCCUCCUGCUACCGCCCGACACUCUGCCUCUGCGGCCAGCCGUGGACUCCUGGGGCCUGGGGGUGCUUCUCUUCUGUGCUGCCACUGCCUGUUUUCCUUGGGACGUGGCACUGGCCCCCAACCCUGAGUUUGAGGCCUUCGCUGGCUGGGUGACCACCAAGCCCCAGCCACCUCGGCCACCACCACCCUGGGACCAGUUUGCACCCCCAGCCAUGGCCUUGCUCCAGGGGCUUCUGGACCUGGAUCCUGAGACUAGGAGCCCCCCACUGGCUGUCCUGGACUUCCUGGGGGACAACUGGGGGUUGCAGGGGAACAGAGAGGGCCCUGGGGUUUUGGGGAGCGUGUCCUAUGAGGACGGGGAGGAGGGAGGCUCAAGCCUGGAGGAGUGGACAGAUGACGGCGAUGACGGCAAAAGUGGCGGGAGGACGGGGACAGAUGGGGGAGCUCCCUGACCAGGUGACAGAGACAGGUGGCCAGAGCCUGGGCCAGAGGCCCUUCCCCCAGCCCCCAGGGCCACCUGGAUGGAGAGACAGCUGCACCCGGGAGGACAGAGAGGGAACACAUUGCACUCUCCCUACGGCACGCUGGGCUUGGACGCGCAUUCCUCUUCCAACUGAGGACCCAAGAGUCCAGCUCCUGCCCCUCCUCUCUCAGACGCAGGGCUCCAGGCUCCCAGCCCUUCCUCCCUCAAGGACCUUUCCUCUUCCCCCCGUCCAGAAUGCCUUUUUUUUUUUGAGACGGAGUCUCACUCUGUCGCCCAGGCUGGAGUGCAGUG